AUGGUAAGUUGAAGAAAUGACUCAUUUUUGCUCCAAAACUGUUUUUAACCUAUUUUUCAAACCAAACGAUUUUGAGGCCCCCGCUAACCUCCAAAACUUUUUUGGGAGGCAAAUCAAUACCGGAUUCGAUCCAAUUCAACAGGAGGCCGUCUUGACUGUUACAACCGUAUAGCCAGAAUAUCGUCGCCGUGUAGGAGGACAUCAUCCGUUGAACUUGGACUUCUAGGACUUUCAAAGGCGCAAGCUCAUUUAAUUCACAACAAAUUUUAAAUUUAAGAGGAAAAAUUGGAUUUUCAGGUCGACAAUCUUCUGGCCAAGCACAAAAGCGCCCUCAUCAUGCGGCUUUCCUUUGUUACCGGAGGUUUAUCCAUGAAUUAUGACGUUUUGACGUAUAUAUAUUUUUAGGGACAAUUUGCUUCACUGUGAAGUCGACAGCACACACGAUUGAUGCCAAUGCGACGAAGCCACUACAUUUGGAGCCGUUGGAUUUGAAAAAGGCUACAACAGAAAUGCCUCAAGGAUUAUUUGAGAGAUAUCGCUGA